AGCUAAUAAAUCUGAAUAGUCCCAUCGGGCAUGGAAAAAGAGUACAAAGAGUGAAUGCAAAAUGAGCUGUUUACUUUUUUAAUCACAAACCUGCAUUAAGGUAAACACUGUGGAGGAUAAGAGUCCCGUCUUUAUUCUGUUAAAUUAUGAGUUAUAGUUGUUGUCAAAAACAAUGAUAAAAUGGUUUUAAUACUCUCUUCCUUGGACGUUUAGCCAUUAAAAACGACUGAAUAAAGCGGUCCGUGAACUAUCUUGAUCCUGUCGAAGGUCUUUGCUGUAGCGUAACGUGGGACGUUUCAGGAAGUAGGAGUUCGAGCACAGAAAAAAACACUACUGAGUGAGCUAGUCAAUGGAGAAAGAUUUGUUAUAUACGGACACUAUGCAAAACUAAGUAUUUAAUUUUAAGAGCUUUUUAUGCAGCUUCUGUAGGUUUCUUUUUCUGCUUUAAAUGCCGUCUUCCUAAAACGCGGUAGCUAGCAUCGGCACAAGUGUUGACUCAGAGAUGGGACGUAUUGAUCGGAUUAUCAGCAGCAGCCGUCUCCUCCUUGUUAUGUCGCUGCUGUAGCUAACAUUCAUGUUUUUCGGGACUCUUGUCGGGCUGUUACUGCGAUCGUAUCCCUCGGCCUGUCUUCAUUGUCUGCGUAAACCGCGUAGGGAGUAUGCACGGGAAACACGGAUGUAAUUACGAAAGUCAAUACAAGGCACAGGUGGACGAUAAACCGGUUCUAGCAGUGCCGGUGGCAGCCGUACGUACGGGUGUAGUCGUGGUGAGCAGCAGCUGAUCAUGGAAGAUGAGGCGUUCGACCAGAUCUUGGCCGUGUUCGGCAGCCUGGUGUCGUGGGUCGCAGCCGGUGCCAUGGUGUUCGGCGGGGUGGUGCCAUACAUCCCCCAGUACCGAGACAUCCGCCGGACCCAGAACGCAGAGGGGUUCUCCACCUAUGUGUGCCUUGUCCUCCUGGUGGCAAACAUCCUCAGAAUACUCUUCAGGUUCGGUCGCUACUUCGAGACGCUGCUGCUGUGGCAGAGCAUCAUCAUGAUCGCCACCAUGCUCGCCAUGCUCAACCUGUGCACCGGCGUCCGCGUGGCCACCGAGCUCAGCACCAAGAGGCGCUCCUUUAUAGCAACAGACAGUAAGGAUGAGGAAGUACGAAUCCCUAAGAGGCUCUUUCUGGAUUUCGACUGGAACCACUUCUGGUCCUGGAGCCGGUUUGUGGACUACGUGCAGUGCGUGCUGGUCUUCACGCUGGCGUCCGCCUACAUCACCUACGUCCUGCUGGACUCCGCUCUGUUCGUGGAGACUCUGGGCUUUCUGGCCGUGUUCACCGAAGCGAUGCUGGGCACCCCGCAGCUCUACUGCAACUACCAGAACAAGUCCACCGAGGGCAUGAGCAUCAAGAUGGUGCUGAUGUGGACCAGUGGCGACACCUUUAAAACGGGCUACUUCCUGCUCACGCAGGCGCCCGUGCAGUUCUGGACGUGCGGCCUCCUGCAGGUGUUGGUGGACGUGGCCAUCCUGUUCCAGGUGUACUACUACAGCCGCUACCCGCAGAAGCCCGUGUCCCACACCGUGUCCCACACCACCAGUGCCAAGGCCCUCUGAGAGCGGGGGGCACCUGAACGCGGCCGAAGAAGAGAACCAAAGCGAGUCGAGGCGACGAUGCCACACACACACACACACACACACACACACACACACACACACACACACACACACACACACACACACACACACACACACACACACACACACACACACACAAGGCAUGACCAGACGCACUGUGUCUACUGUGUCAAGCGAAGGACCCUUGUUACCUUUUUUAUUUAUUAUUCUACUGACUUCCUGUCAGUGCAACAAGCGCUGACCAUGUCUCCUAACGCAGACUUACGCAGAAAAUACCCUUGAAUCAACCUGCACAUAUACAAAGUGUUAUGCACAUACAUACUAUAAAUACACAGUGUCAUGGAGUCCAGACGGACGUCAUGAGGAAACGUGGAGCAGCUUCUCACGUCCACCAACGCCGACGAUUGUUGCAUGGACCCUCUGCCUUAAAUUCAAACACGGCUUGCUGCAUUACCAGCAAUAUAAAUGUAUGAAUCAAUCACUAACAUCUUACUGUGCAACAUCACUGAAUGUACCACGAUGGUUUUUAAAGGCCGUUUCUCUCACAACGCGAAGGUGAUGAUGAUGAGAUGAAACUGUAAAACACAAAAUGGAACAUGAAAGAGGAACAAAAUCCCAAAUGCUUGAAGAUGCAACACUUUGGAUUCAAAGAACACAAUUUUUUUAUAACCAUUAGUAGUGAAAGAUAUAACAGCCAUCAAUCAUCCGGUGCCAGUAUUGUGAAGUUGUAUUUAACCUCCAUAGGCUGACACGAAGCCAGUGAAGCUGCUGAUCCUCUUUACACGGACGGAUGUGGGGUCUACGUUUACCCAACAUGCAACAGCACAACGAGUCUCCUUUGCUCAAGUGAACUGAAUCUUGCCUUUGCUUUGCGUUUAUGAAUCUGGAGUUCUGCCGUGGGCGUAUGAGCUACAGUAGCACACCUGCUCGCCUCGUACUGUUACAGUAAUGCCUGUUUCAUCGUCUCUUUUUCGAGCUAGUCAGGAAAUGAAGUUGUAUAAUAGCACUGCAGGCACGGGCUGCCUUGCAUUCUGCCCGAACGCUUUUUGAGUGACGGGGUGUGUUUUCACCCCCACAUCACGAUUACUACCACUGACCCGAAAGGUAGUUCUUGUUUAUGCAGCAUCAGCGGCUUGGAAACACUGGAUGGAGCUGAAGUGGAUAUUAGCUGUGCUUCUUCAAUUUGCCAGCUACUGCACUCCACCCACCAGGUUCAGUUCUUCAAAACUCAAUAAAAAAGAAGAUAAAGAUGUUUUGGAAAAAAAUAUAUUCUAAAAAACUAAAAUAUGAAAGCGCAUCAAGACAUUUAAAACAAAUUAGCUGUAAUCUUGAUAUUUUCAAAUCUAUUUAAGUGCUGUGGGCAUGACAGACAUUUUGUCAGCCACUCCAGCAAUAGACUCUCAUUGAGAAUUGUGAAAUAGAGCCAAGUUGAAAUGAACAAGAACUAUCUUUUGGUCUCGCUGCUGCUUUUACAAUCAGAUAUUGUGCUUUAUGAAACCAUAUCCUCACCAAAACGAAGGCCAGUCUAUUGUCUAUGCUGCCGAUUGGAUACCAUUUUGUUCAUGUGCUUCCUUCACAUCUCUGCAGGUUUAUGAAGGUUGAGCUCGCACUCAUUUUUAUCAGAAAGUUAAUUUCCUGUUCUGACGCAGCCACAUCGAGGGGUUUCUCUGUUAUUGUUUUCCUUCUGGGAGAGAAGUGCCAAACCAGGGGGUGUCAGUGCACCGUGCACCUGAACGGACCCAAGUCUCAACAAAUGGAAAGAGUUCAAGCAAAAACAUACGUAAUGGACGAAUCCUUGGUUUAUGAUCUGCAGAUGCCAUUAUAGAAAACGACCUCAAUAUUCAUUCUCUUUUUUUACUUGCUUUAGUUUUAUCAUUUAUAGUAUUGUCCCAUAUAAACGGUCAUGUUUUGUAUUGUUAUUGUAAAAGAACGUUCCAAAAAUAUCAUUGUAUGUUUUAAAGCCAUUCUUUUAGUUACAUCUGUUUCUAUUUGUAUUUUGUCUUACACUCUCCGUUGUCCAACCUGCAUCAAGAGGUGUCGCCCAAUAAAGAGGCAACGGGAAAGA